UUCGUCGACAAGGAUGUUCGACGUUUUUUUCAGUCACCGGUCGACGCUGCGCCGGGCACCGUCGACGCGCAGAUUCGCGAACUGAUGUGGGCCGUAGUUCUUGACGGUAAUUCCUCUCCAGGCCAGCAUCAAAUCCGACACAGUUAAUCGGCUGCGAUCUCAGUUGACGAGUUAGCGAGGGGAGGGAGAUACGUUUACAGUGGAUAGGCGAUUCGGUUAGUUAACUCGAUCAAGGGGAGCCACGCGACACACCACGCGCUUCUCACGCGCUUUGCCUUUUCCAUCUUACUGCCAGAAGUGUCUCCCUCGAGCACGGAUCUCGUACGUUCUCCAGGGCAGGUGCUCUCGUCGCUCGAUGUUUUCCACGAUCAAAGGUAACUCGCCCCCUGUCCGACCGUUCGCUGUGCCGUGAGCGACCACACGGUUGGUCCAGGUGAAGUCGGAGGGCACAGAAGGUGAGAAACUGCAGGUGAGAAACCGGGCAAGCGCAUCGCGAGGUAUCACGAUUACGCACCUGGAUAUCACCGCUAUCGCUGCCUACGUAAAAUGCGGCCAGUGGAUGUGCAGCAGUGUUUUCGAUCCCGCGAUUGUGGUGAACAGCAUGGUGAAUGUUUUAACCGGUAGAGUGUACGAGGAACGUGUCGGUGUGUCGUCAGGGCGAUAGGGAAGAACCGACUGAAUUACGGGUCCUCGAUGUUGUUCUUACCUGUCCACCCGGUCCCGUCGACACCAACGUUGUCGCAACCGCUCAGGAAAUAUCUUCCCUCUGACGAAUCUUCCAGCAGUCCUUUCUGGAAAUCCACGGAGACCCUCGAGCCAUCAAGUCGCUGAGCGCCUCUCGAGUUCAUCCUCGGACGAGAUCCAAGCCCGGGAAGUAUGUCGUUGCAUUAUCCUCAAGGAUAUCGGUAUCGUCCGGCGAGCAAAGCCGUUGGAGGAGGGAACGUGGAACAGGGGUCUGACAGUGACGUUGCCGAGCUUAGCGAUCUCGAGGAUGACGAGGACGAAGACGGGGCCGGACAGUCGUCCAGCAGACGCAUCAUUCGCCAACGGAGGGACGACGACGAUGAUGACGACGACGAUGACGACGAGGACCAAGAGGACGAUGAUGAAGAGGAGGAGGAUGACGAUGAGAACGAUGAUGACGAAGGGGAGGACGAGGUGGAUGGCGACGAGCUACCUUAUCCUGGUUUCGUGUCGGUUGCCUUGCGAUACCUUGACCAGAAUACACGACCGCGCAACUGGUGUCUGGCGCUCAUCACUAAUCCGUGGUUCGAAAGAGUGAGCAUGAUGGUAAUUCUUUUGAACUGUAUCACACUCGGUAUGUACCAACCGUGUGUCGACGACCAAUGUGUAACAAACCGCUGUAAAAUAUUGCAAAUGUUCGACGACAUAAUUUUUGCCUUCUUUUCCUUGGAAAUGACAAUCAAAAUGGUCGCGAUGGGGAUAUACGGCAAAGGGACUUACCUCGCUGACUCGUGGAACAGAUUGGACUUCUUCAUUGUGGCUGCUGGAGCUCUGGAAUACUGCUUGAACGUGGAAAAUAUGAAUUUAUCGGCGAUAAGGACGAUACGAGUCCUGAGACCUUUACGUGCCAUCAACAGAAUUCCAAGUAUGCGGAUAUUAGUGAUGCUUUUACUCGACACUCUUCCUAUGCUGGGCAAUGUGCUGCUGCUGUGCUUCUUCGUCUUCUUUAUAUUCGGUAUCGUCGGUGUGCAACUGUGGGAGGGCAUCUUACGUCAACGGUGCUUCCUAAAGGCUCUACCCAACGUCAAAUAUCCCGAGUUACUUUCGGACGAGUACUCGGUUCGAUCACGCAUUUACGACCUUGAGAAGUACUUCGAGUAUCAGGGUCAGGACUACAUUUGCUCUCGUCCCGACGACAACGGAAUGCACUCUUGCAGUAACUUGCCACCGCUUAAGUUUGGAAAUGUGGUUUGCAACAGUACCGCGUUACCGAACAACAAUACAACGUUUAUCACCAACGACACCUGCGUUAAUUGGAAUUACUACUAUACGGAGUGCAAAGGUCAGGGUAACAAUCCUUUCCAAGGGACAAUAUCGUUCGAUAAUAUUGGUCUUGCCUGGGUCGCAAUAUUUCUCGUAAUCAGUCUUGAAGGAUGGACAGAUAUUAUGUAUUAUGUACAGGACGCUCAUUCUUUUUGGGAUUGGAUAUAUUUCGUCCUUUUAAUUGUGAUUGGUUCCUUCUUCAUGAUUAACCUUUGCUUAGUCGUAAUAGCAACACAGUUCUCAGAGACGAAGAAACGAGAGAUGGAACGAAUGCGACUGGAACGUGCACGGUUUCAUUCUACAUCAACCCUUGCAUCAUCGACAAAUACUUCCGAACCAACUACAUGUUAUGCAGAAAUUGUCAAAUAUAUUGCACAUCUAUGGAGAAGAGGGAAGAGAAGACUAAUGAAGAGAUAUCGGGUAUAUUUAUACAAAAGGCAACAGAAACGCGAGCAAAAUUUACUUAAAGAACAACGGCAACACGGGCAUCCGUUUCGAGGGAGUACAAGCGGUGCUGAUUCAAAUCGAUCUGCAGGUAAAGAUAGGAGACUUCACUAUGGAAGGUGUCCUCGGUUGUUGGCGGCACUCGAGUACGCGGAACAACAGCAACAACAGCAGGGUAUCGGCAGCGGUGAUGGAUCGCUAACCGAUUUUACGGCCAAUAGUCCACCAUCGCAGGGUGCAAUUCUGGCUACUGCCGUUAGCAAUAAUGGCGGGAGUAAUGGAAAUUUAGCUGUUGCACCCCGCGCUAGUCCUGAAAUUUCCGAGGCAGACGUAUCUUCGAAUGUGGGCCAUCGCUUAGGUCUCCAUCGAACUUCCUCGGUCUCCUGUAACGGAAGUGAUAAUGUCGUCUCCAAUGCUACUGAAGCCAGCAUACAGACAAACAACGCGCUGCUAAGUCCACCUUGUACGCAUUAUCGUAGAAGAAGUAGCGUGAUGUUCAACGACGUGGUAUUGUUGCACGGCAGCAAUAGUGUGGGAAAUGCAUUGCAAGCUGGAUCUAUAGUGUCACCUGGGGAAAGGAACGUGUGUUCGAGCGAAAAAAUGACCCAAACCGGAGAUGGCAAUGUUUGGUCGAGUCCACUGCCAGAUCACAUACAGAUGCAAGCUGAAUUGGGUGGGAACGAAGCUAUGACCUGUCAGGAAUUAUUAGCACUGAGCGGGGCUCUAAGCGCAGCUUUACCAACUGGACAAUUGGCAUUGGAUUCCUUCCUCAAUUCGCUUACAAAAGGAAUAACGGACCGACAUAUUACUUUAGAGGAUCGUACACAAUGGUUGGUGACGGAUGUUGAUAAUUGUUCUUGUUGCUGCGAACACCAGGGCGGCGAUCAAUGGCCAGAGGAAGGUGACAAAUGGACUAAAGCUUCACGGGCGAAGAGAGUCCUUAGGACUUGCGGAAGUCGUUGUGUCUGCGCGUUACGUUGCAUAAGACGGUCGAUCAAGAAACUGGUCGAGCACAAAUACUUUCAACAGGGUAUUUUAUUGGCAAUUUUGAUCAAUACUUUGAGCAUGGGAAUAGAAUAUCAUAACCAGCCAGCACAAUUGACUGUGGCGGUUGAAAUAAGCAAUAUCGUAUUUUCCGCUGUCUUCGCCGUGGAAAUGUUAUUAAAAAUAAUCGCGGAGGGCCCAUUUGGUUACAUCGGCAAUGGAUUCAACGUCUUCGAUGGAGUCGUUGUGGUCCUCAGUGUCGUGGAGAUCUUUCAAGCAUUCGUGGAAGAGAGAAGCGGUAGUUCCGGCUUGAGUGUUCUAAGGACCUUCCGUUUAUUGAGAAUCCUGAAGCUCGUACGAUUCUUACCUAAUCUAAGAAGACAACUGUUCGUGAUGCUACGUACCAUGGAUAACGUUGCCGUAUUCUUUUCCCUUUUAGUACUUUUCAUCUUUAUAUUCAGUAUUCUCGGGAUGAACCUGUUUGGUUGCAAAUUCUGUGAAACGAUGAAAGGCAGCUCUGACGUCGAGUGUGAUAGGAAAAACUUUGACUCGUUACUCUGGGCUAUUGUGACGGUGUUUCAGAUUUUAACGCAGGAGGAUUGGAACGUUGUGCUGUUCAACGGAAUGCAAAAGACGUCCCAUUGGGCAGCGCUUUAUUUCGUCGCGUUGAUGACUUUCGGAAAUUAUGUCCUUUUCAAUUUACUGGUUGCUAUUCUGGUCGAAGGAUUUUCUUCGGAGAGGAAUGAAAGAAGGGAAAGAGAACAAAGGGAAAUGGCUAAGCUGGCUGCCAAAGAAGCUGGAAUGGGUAGCGACGAUGGAUCAUCCAGAAUAUCUAGAUCCCAUUCGAUCACUGACAGCGAUACUUGUACUCAGGAUCGGAAAAAUUCCUGGCAGAGUGCAGAGGAGUUGCGAAAAUAUAAAGAUAACAACAGCAGAGAAAAGCAAAAUACUGUCUGGAAGCAUCAAAUGGACGAGCCAAAGUGCAACAUUCAGAAGGAAAAUAAAAUGAUGGGUGGCACGGGACAGCCACCCAUAAUUACUCACACAGCAGCCACCCCUCAAGAUUCACCAAACACUACCCUCGAUGUUGGAUACAGAGAUCUGAAUUGUCGAGCUGUUUACCCAACUGCAGCACUGUCAAUUGAAUCUAUCGAUCGUUCAGGAAGUCAGUGCAGCAUACCUUCGGGCCUGUUGAAAUUACCAGACGUUUCAAACAAAAUACCAACUAAGAAUCUUAUCGCCGGGCAAUUUUCCCAACGAAUAAGUCUCGUUACCGCUGUUGUUAAUCCUUCAACGAGGGAGUUAUCUAGUUCAAGUCCGCCAAGAAUACAAAGAGGGUAUUCAUGGAAAUUAUCACGGCCAUCCCUAAGGAGGAAACGUUGGUCACAGACAGAAGAUGAGGAGCCUGGCCGAACUACUGUUUUAAAUAAUGGUCGAAGCACUCUACUCGGUUCCAAUUCAACUUUCAACGGUGGUUACUUGCACGGUUCGAUAAGAAACGACACGCAGAGUGACACGCCGAAUAAUAGAACGACCGUCCUAACAAGCAAUACUCGUAGCCUCAGCCCCAAUAAUUCCAUUGAAAGUCGUAGCUCUUCUAUACGACAUUAUACAACAACGCCUAAUCAGAUGCGAUGGAUUAGCGACCUUUCACGAAGAAAUUCACUACGUGGAAACGAGAACGUCCAGUCGCCGACAAGGAAAACCCUACCUCUGGACGAGGCGCCUAUGCAAUGCUCAACAGCACGUACAAUCAAUAAUUUGUCGAUGGAGACUGGCCCACUGCCCAGAAUUAAACGACUUUCCGAUCAAGAUGAUGACAAUCCUCGUGUCGACGAACAGACACCCCCUUUGAAUGGUCAUGGAAGCGCUAGCAGUAUUGAAAAGAUUAAGAAGAUCUUCAUGUUUUUUGAACCUAAAGGUUGCCUUAAGGAACGCGAUGAUUAUUCGCUGUAUCUCUUUCCACCAAAUAACAGAUUUCGUGUACUGUGCCGAUGGUUCGUCGACCAGAGAUGGUUUGAUAACGUGGUUCUUUUUUUUAUCGGUCUUAAUUGUAUUACCUUGGCAAUGGAACGGCCAAACAUACCACCUGAUAGUGGAGAAAGACUUUUUCUAGCAACUGCGAACUACAUUUUUACCGGCGUAUUUGCUAUUGAGAUGUUCAUCAAGGUUGUUGCAUCUGGUAUGUUUUAUGGUACGGACGCUUAUUUUACUUCAGGUUGGAACAUUAUGGACGGAGUUCUUGUGAUUAUUUCCAUAAUCGACUUAUCAAUGUCCCUACUUUCAUCGAGUAGCCCAAGAAUAUUUGGAAUACUGAGGGUUUUUAGACUUUUAAGAUCAUUGCGACCAUUGCGGGUUAUUAAUCGAGCCCCUGGUUUGAAACUGGUCGUUCAGACAUUGUUGUCUUCUUUACGACCUAUCGGCAACAUCGUUUUGAUAUGCUGUACUUUUUUCGUAAUCUUUGGUAUCUUGGGCGUGCAGCUCUUCAAGGGUGCCUUUUAUUAUUGCGAAGGGCCUGAUAUUAAAAACGUACGCAAUAAAACGGACUGCCAGGCUGACAAACGAAACGUUUGGAUAAAUAGAAAGUAUAAUUUCGAUGAUCUCGGGAAAGCUUUGAUGUCGUUAUUCGUGUUGUCUUCGAGAGAUGGAUGGGUGAACAUUAUGUAUACUGGACUUGAUGCUGUUGGCGUCGAUCAACAGCCAAUCGAGAACUACUCUGAAUGGCGGCUGCUGUAUUUUAUAGCUUUUAUCUUGUUGGGGUUUUUUGUGCUUAAUAUGUUCGUGGGCGUUGUGGUGGAGAAUUUUCAUAGGUGUCGUGAAGAGCAAGAGAAAGAGGAACGGGUAAGAAGAGCUGCUAAACGGGCCCUACAGAUGGAAAAGAAACGACGAAAAAUGCAUGAACCGCCAUAUUACACGAAUUACUCGAAAUCCAGACUGUUCGUUCACAACGUUGUAACAUCCAAGUAUUUCGACCUAGCAAUUGCUGCAGUAAUCGGCCUGAACGUUGUCACAAUGGCGAUGGAAUUUUACAUGAUGCCAAAGGCUUUGACUUACGCUAAAAUAUUCAAUUAUUUCUUCACGGCAGUCUUCAUUCUCGAAUCAUUCAUGAAACUUCUUGCAUUGGGUUUGCACCUUUACCUCAAAGACAAAUGGAAUCAGUUGGACGUAGGAAUAGUGAUACUGUCGGUAGUUGGUAUCGUUCUCGAAGAAGUUGAGUCGAAAAUCAUCCCGAUCAAUCCUACUAUAAUUCGGGUGAUGCGAGUUCUACGAAUUGCUAGAGUUUUAAAAUUGCUGAAGAUGGCAAAAGGAAUACGAGCCCUCUUAGAUACGGUAAUGCAGGCGUUACCGCAGGUUGGGAACUUAGGUCUUCUAUUUUUUCUGCUAUUCUUCAUAUUUGCUGCUCUUGGUGUGGAACUUUUUGGUCGUUUGGAAUGUAACGACGAAAUGCCCUGUCAAGGGCUCGGUGAGCACGCCCACUUCAGUAAUUUUGGGAUGGCAUUUUUAACACUUUUUCGAGUAGCUACUGGUGAUAAUUGGAAUGGGAUUAUGAAGGACACGUUAAGGGACGACUGCGACGAAGCAGCAGACUGCGUGAAAAAUUGCUGCGUCAGCACUAUCAUAGCCCCUAUAUUUUUCGUAAUUUUUGUGCUUAUGGCACAGUUCGUUCUUGUAAACGUCGUCGUUGCUGUGCUUAUGAAGCAUCUCGAAGAAAGUCAUAAACAGAUGGAAGAUGAGCUUGACAUGGAAACGCAAUUGGAAAGAGAAUUAGCAGCAGAACAAGAAGAAUUAUUGGAAGUCGAAGAAGAAGAGGAAGAGGAUGAAAUUGUAAAACGAGACAGGACAGGGGAUGAUGGUGUAGAUGACGAUGAUGAUGCAAGAGAACGCGAUUCCAUUUUAGUACCAAAUGUAAAGAUUUCUGCGAGCAGACCUGGUCUUGCUAAAGUUCGUUCCUUACCUGCGAAUUUUAUUUAUAAUCCACCAAGAAAAGGGAGCGCAGAUGAUGGAACAAUAUCUGCGUCACUAUCACGUCGCAGUUCGUAUCAUCGUUCCAGUUCAAGACCGUCCAAGUUCAAAUCAAAACGUCGACAAACGUUUCAUUCGGGGCAUCAUCAACAGAGGUCCUUACUGCCGAUGCACUUUGAGGUUGUCGAAGUUUUCGAGAAGUCUAUGAGCAAUCUAAGCGUGCCUCGAAUUAUUUCUCAACGGAAUUAUGAUGCAGCGAGUCGAGACAUCAAUCACGCGCAACGUAAAAGGUUACAGGCAACCAGCGACGUGCUUGAGAACAAAUCACUACUGAGCGUGAAGAAGCCACCAGCGAGUUCUUCCCCGGUAACACCGGCUGGUUCGGUGACCACCCUGACCUGUCCGAAACUGAGCAGCGAACGUUAUCUUUUACCAACGGCUAAUAUUUACCCGUCCAAGGCAACGUUAAACCGCCGGGCAUUCAGCGACACGCAAUCGCAGUCCGACACGAAUGUCAGCACUGUUAGCAACAUUGGAAGCAACGUAUCGAGAACACCGAGCGUGGUAAACAGUUACGCUGAGAGCGAAGCAUCGAAGAACGGCACGAAAUCAGAGGAAGUAAGAGCGAAGAACGAGCGACGGGUAUCCGCGCCACCAAUGGACGAUCUCGACGUGCAAUCCAUUAUUAACGAAAGGAGACCGUCCAAGCUGAAGAGCGGAAGUCCGACAGGUGAUCAGUACGGUUCGUCGAUUCAAGUGGGAAGUUAUGGACACGUUUUAGUGGCUGAAGAAAAGUCCGAGGAGAUAUCGCCCGUGUCGGCCAGCAUCAUCAGCGACAGCAUGAUCAGAAGCACGAGCUUAAGCGCGAACGGAAGUGGUAACGGCAGCGGUAGCGCCGUGGUACACAUACCGGAGGCAAUCUGCGCCACGGUUGACUCGGACGUUAGGAUAUACGUGGACGAUACCGAUUCCACGAGCAGCAACGGGCAUCGUAAAAAGAGGCUAAACGAGGAAACAACGGAUGCGUCGACAACCAUUUCCUCGGUGACUGCGGUACCAGAAGAAACCGACGAGAUGAAAGAAACUGAAGAGAGGUCCGAGAGGGCAUCCUCUGCUGGCCCCUCGGAUCCUUCUUAAUCCAGAAGCAAUCGAAGCUUCAACAUAUAAGUAUCUGUUACGUUUAACACGGUUCACCAACAAAAGUAUUGAUUUCCGUGCAAAAUUGCUAGCCAAUGCCAUGGUAUCCACGGCGAUGUACCAUGGGGUGUGCUGCUACCAGGGUUCAAUAUUGGGCUCUAAGAAAGACUGUAGUGCAUGACAAUAUAGUCGUUAUAUUCUAGUCACUUUGCCGCUGUGAACUUGCCAAAAAGGAAAAGAAGGAAAACGUCGAGCAUUUACAGCAAGUCGAGAAUAAAAUGGCUAGGAAGUAUAGGGAGGAAAAGAAGUAUCUGAGAUGAUGGUGUGAGCUCUGGUGAGCUAGAAAGCAGAGUAAUAAUUAACAAAUAAUUUAAUAUCCAAUCGUGAACAGCUUGAUGUUGUUCAUACAGCGCGUAUAAAAGUAUAACGCACUUAAGGAUAAAAAGAGAUUUAAAAAAAAAAAAAAAGAAAAACCUAUGACAAUCUAUUAUUGCCAGCGGAAACGAUCUUACGUUCCGUUUAAAAAGCGUCGUGGAAGUCGAUUCGUAGGAAUUGGUAGGACGGAAGAACGACGUAGUCUGCGUCGAUAAUUAGGGAAUUUAGUAGGUCUUAGAUAAAAAUUUUGUCGAGUCUAUGCGACAACUGCAAUCAAUCGGACCACACUUUCUCGCCUUUCCUUUUUCUCCAGCUCGUCAAUAUUAUACAUUAUUAUAACCGCGUGUCGUUCGCAGGAAAGUUUCGAGAGCCGCGGUGGCUCGUGGUAGCUCUCGACGGAGGAACGAAAGGUGCCAAACGAUGCGAAAAAAAAAAAAAACAAACAAACAAAUGGUUAAUUACCGAAGUGCCAGAAAAUCUAGAUAAAACUUUCGGAAUAAAAGUAGCUGUAGUCUUCGCGAUCGCAGGGAUGUUUAAACUGCGGAACAAAGAAAAAAAAAAAUUAAUAAACAGGUCGUUAACAUUAGACGUAAGAGCUUUGUAUUUAAAAUUUCUCUUAGAACCGACAUGUGGUUCAAAGGAAUGGAGAAAGAUCGAACGUAUAUUGUUACGAUUGGGCUAAAAGUAAUAAAAUAGCCAGUUCAUAGACUAGUCGAUUACAAUAUGGUAUUUUUGUCACCUCUUUCGCCAAUUCUAUGACUCUAGCUCGGAGCUUGAAGUAAAUACGAUUAGGAUCUUAAGACUAAUCCGACGUUGUGAUAAUCUUUAAUACAAAUUGAAACUCGUACAAUCUUA